ACAGUUGACAGUGACAGUCGGUGAUAGUUCGCAAGUAAGUAUGGAUGCUUGUUUGGCUGUUGAAAAAGAAAUAGACAGAGUUUUAUCAAAAUUCGGGGACAUUAAUGGCAACGCGGGUCGGAUUUUAAGCGACCUCGUUUCUCAUAUCGAGCGAAUUAAAGCAGAACUCGAAAACGCUCCGGAAGAUCACACACUGACCAACGUUCAACUAGACAUACUAAAACAAUGCAUGGGGAAAGUAAAGGAGACCGUAUCAAGACUCACCACCGAUCAUCGAGACCUCCACAGCACGGUUUCCAAAGUCGGCAAAGCCAUAGAUCGAAACUUCGUUGCAGACUUCUCGGCUACCAGUCGCGAAGAGGUUUUUGCAUCGCCUGAAAAAAUUAAUUUAAUCAAUAAAGUCAUCUGCCAGCAUUUGUACAGACAAGGGAUGCAAGAUGUGGCCGACACGUUGGUGACCGAUGCGGAUAUAGCACCAGAAAUACACAACAAAGAACCAUUCACUGAGUUAAAUCACAUCCUCGACAGCCUUAAAAAUAAAGACUUGGAGCCUGCUUUGGCGUGGGCCACUGCUCACCGCGAUGCACUCGAAGCGCAAAAUUCGUCGCUUGAAUUUAAACUACAUCGGUUAAAAUUUAUAGAGUUGUUGAAACAAGGUGCUUCCCAUCAAACAGACGCUAUAUCGUACGCUAGGAUUCAUUUUAGGAAAUUUGUACUUAGGCAUGAGAAAGACAUACAAACCUUAAUGGGGAUGCUCCUAUACGUGCCGAAUGGCAUAGGCAGUUCCCCCUAUAGUUGUUUAUUAGAUUCAGAAAUGUGGUUAGAAAUUUAUGAGCUAUUCACACAUGAUGCUUGUCAGUUAUUGGGAAUUAGCGUAAAUAGUCCGCUAGGGACUUGUAUUAACGCCGGGUGUGCAGCUAUACCUGCUUUGCUUAAUAUAAAGCAAGUUAUGAUGCAGAGGCAGGUCACGGGAAUUUGGAACGGAAAAGAUGAGCUGCCGAUUGAAAUAGAUUUAGGUAAUGAAGGAAGAUAUCAUUCGAUGUUUGCGUGUCCGAUUUUGAGGCAACAGUCGACGCAGAAUAAUCCACCGAUGAGACUUAUUUGUGGACAUGUGAUUUCUAGAGAUGCUUUGAAUAAGUUGUGUAAUGGAAAUAAGAUGAAGUGUCCCUACUGCCCAAUUGAACAAAGUCCAGCAGAUGCACGACUUAUAUAUUUUUAAACUUUAUAAGCAGAUGUUAAUUGUUACUCACAUUUUUUAUAUAUUAUCUAUGUUUUUCUAAUGAUUGUUAAUGGUAUUUAUUUGGUUUGUGUUCUAUUGUGAUCUCUCCAACUGACAUAGAUUAAUAUACUUAGUCCACAUUUUUAAA